UCUUUUGCAAUCUAAGGAGUUUUUUGUUGAGUUCAGCUGACAGUAGUGUUAAAAGUUAAAUGCUUAUGUUAAAUAAAGUGCAUUUUCUCUCUACUCGUCUUUCUGCAUCACCAUCACUUUGUCCUCUGCUCCAGACGUCCUUCCUCCUCCUCAUCACCUUGUCCAGUGACGGCACAGAGACGCUCCCAGCUGAGCAGAAACCCGUCGCUCUGCUGUGUAUCGGCUGCUCUCUCAUCGCAUCCAGUGUGCUUCUCUUACAAAAGAGUAUCUGGAAGGCGUUUUACAGAUCCUCAAAGCUGCCGGCCAAAACUACUGCAGCUGUGGUUCUGUUCUUUGAGUUCUUGGUGUCUUUGGGUGCAGCGAUUCUCACCAUCGUGGCGAUGCCGCACUUGGACAUCGUCACUAACGUGACCAUACUGAACAGCGUAGCCGUCCUCGCCGCGCUCCUACAGGUGGUCACUCAGUGCAUCGCCAAAGAACGGAACCGCUUCCUGCUGCCAUCCAUCACCGCCUUCAUCCUCAUUGUACUCGGUUACGUCCUGUUCCUCGUUCUUUACAUAAUAAAAGAUCCUUUUGAUACCAAGAUGGCCAUUUGGGUGGGUCUGGCUGUUGGUGGGUCCUUCUUGGUGUCUUUAACUUGGUGGGAGAGCUACUUCAGACUGAUCAGCCAGAACAGCAGCUCCAUCUUCCUCAAGAACCUGUGCAAAGACAUGACAAAGUGUCAGAACAUCCUGCACAUCCUGUCCAGCCUGCUCAGGAUCGCCGUGACCGCCUGUGUCCUCGGAGCCUACGUCCCUCUUGGCCAAAUGGACUGGGACGUAGUGAGGUCAAUCCCAGCGCGUGAAACAAGAAUUAUCGGCAUCAUCAUCGGGGUCCAGCUCAUCUCCUCUGCUCUCUGCCACUGGUUUGCAUUGGCGGCCUGUAAGAUGCACGCACUGAGGCGAUGCUUCAUCCUGCCUCUGUACCUCGCCUCUCUGGCCGUCAUGGCUCUGCUCGUCGUCCCCGUUAUCGUUUACUACCAAGACUACAGAACGAGUCUGAACGGCACUCAGAGCAUCAACUUCACAGAAUACUGCAAUGUAGUUGUGACUGGAAGAAACCUCAGCUUGAACGGCAGCGUGUUCCCACAUCUGGUUCUGGAUGUGACACAAAGUCUGUGCUUCCUGGACAUGUCCAAGAUAAUGGACAUCGGCCUUCUGACAGGUUCAGCGGUGUCGUGGUGGCUCGGGCUCUUCUUGGCCACAUUCCAUCUGUGGCAGCUCAGUCUGCAUCGCAUCCAGAGGACUCAGGAUCUGCUCAUCAGGAGGCUGUACGAGGGAGGGUUUAUGGAGCAGUCGCUGCUUCUGAACGUUCGAUUUGACAUUCAGACUACUGAAAAGCGAAAGACAUUGAGACCACAGGACCCGGUGAAAGUGUUCUUUUGUGCAACCAUGUGGCAUGAAACCUACAGUGAGAUGAUGAAGAUAAUGAUUUCAAUAUUUCGGUAA